CCGGUUGCCGCGAACGAGUGCACAACGUUUUUUCCUGAGGCUGAGAGUGAUCAGUACACUUGGUACUUGCUUAUAUUACGCCCAUAGGCUAGCGUGCGUCCGUGCGUGCGUCCCGUGGCGGGAAAAAUCAAUAUGGACGACGUGGUGCGCUUCACAAUCAACGGCAGGCAGUACACGGUACGCGCCACGACCGUUCCGGUGGACACAUCGCUAAACACGUUCAUCCGCGAUCAUGCCCAUCUGAAAGGGACCAAGUUCAUGUGCCGGGAGGGUGGAUGUGGCGCCUGUGUCGUUACCGUGUCGGACUAUCAUCCGGCCACGCGCGAACGUCGUUCGUGGGCAGCAAAUUCGUGCCUAGUAUCGGUGUUCUCCUGCGAUGGAAAGGAUAUUGUCACAAUUGAGGGAAUCGGUGGGCACAGGAAAGGUUCCUACCAUCCCAUCCAGCGCCGGCUGGCAGAGUACGGUGGCUCACAGUGUGGAUACUGUUCUCCGGGCAUGGUGAUGAGCAUGUACAGCUUGCUUGCCUCCCGAAAGCACGGCCAACAGCAGCAAGCUGAGGAAGGAACAGUUGAGCCUGCGCUGACAGCGGCACAGAUCGAACAGGCCUUCGAUGGGAACGUCUGUCGGUGUACCGGUUACCGUCCGAUCCUGGAUGCUUUCAAAUCGUUCGCAAACGAUCAAGAUCAAGAGCCACCGAUUGUGGACAUUGAGGAUUUGGUGGGCAGCACGCCAACGGCUAUGGGAAAGGGUUCUGUCUCAUCAUCAAAAUGUCUCAAGUUUGCCGAUGGACGAAAGUGGUUUAAAGUGUUGACGCUCUCGGAAGCCUUCGAUGUGCUGCAGACGAUCGCCAACAGCGAACCGUACACCUUCGUCAGCGGGAAUACGGCGCAUGGAGUGUAUAGACGUUCCGAUCGGUUGAAGGUGUUCAUAGACGUAAACGCAGUGGAGGAGCUUCAUCGGCACACGGUUGAUCAAGAUCUUGUGGUGGGAGCUGGCCUACGUUUGACCGAGUUUAUUGCACUGCUAGAGCAAACGGCGGAAGCACAUCUAAGCUUUACUUACUGCAUACCGAUGGCAAAGCACAUCAGAAAGGUGGCUAAUCUGCCCGUGCGCAAUGUCGGUACGAUCGGGGGCAAUCUGAUGAUCAAGCAUCAACAUCCAGAGUUUCCUUCGGAUUUAUUUCUACUACUAGAAACUGUAGGCGCCAAGCUGACUGUUCUGUCCUCCACUGACAGUGAUCCUCUCAUCGUAUCACCACUCGAAUUCCUGAAGCUCAACUUGCACAAAUGCAUCCUAACAUCCGUCCGACUUCCACCCCACGAUCACGUUAGCACGACGUUACGAUCGUACAAAAUUAUGCCCGUUGCCCAGAACUCCCGAGCCUACGUGAAUGCCGGCUUCCUGCUACAACUGUGUCCCGAUCGCAAGCUCUGCACCUCCAUCCGCAUCUGCUACGGUGGCAUCAAUCCUGCCUUUGUGCAUGCGCAACAAACGGAAAGCUUCCUCUCCGGCAAGCCCCUCUUCCUUGACAGCACACUCUCCCAGGCGUUGAAAGUCCUCGAGCGUGAGCUAAAACCCGACUGGAUACUUCCCGAUGCAUCUCCAACCUAUCGCAAACAGCUCGCUCUUGCCGCAUUCUAUCGCUUUGCGCUCAGUGUGCAUCCCGCCGUAGGUCGAACGUAUCGCAGUGGUAUGGAACCGAUCGAGCGGCCGCUCGUCUCAAGCGGUCGGCAAACGUACGACACCUACCAGAAACGGUGGCCACUCACGCAAAGCAUACCGAAGCUGGAAGGGUUGGCGCAGUGUUCCGGUGAGGCGGAGUACAUUAACGAUAUGCCGGUACUGCCGAACGAACUGCACGGUGCGCUGGUACUCUCGAACGAGAUCCGGGAAAAGAUCGUGGCGAUUGAUGCAUCUGAAGCGCUAGCUCUGCCCGGAGUGAGGGCGUUCUUCUGCGCGCAAGAUGUUCCAGGAUUCAACAACUUUAUGCCACUGGAGAUGGGUUCCCCGGAGGUGGAGGAGAUCUUCUGCAGCGGGGAGAUACAGUUCGCCGGACAGGUUGUUGGGAUGAUCUGUGCAGAUAGUUUCGAGCUGGCCAAUGCUGCCGUGGCAAUGGUUCGGAUUGAGUAUAAGCCUGCCAGCAAUAGGAUCAUUCUGCCGACUGUGCAGGACGUGGUGGACGCACUGGACUAUAGUCGCGUGAGCGAUCAACCAUACGAUCGGCACGGUGCACGGUAUCAUCUUGCCAAGGAAGGUCCGUACAGCGUCAGUGGCCGGUUCGAUCUGCGCGGUCAGUACCAUGGUCAGCUCGAGACGCAGAUCGCCCUUUGCGUGCCGCACGCCGACUCGAUGGACGUGUACUGUGCGACCCAGUGGCUGGAUCACGUGCAGAUCGCCGUCUCACAAGCGCUGCAGGUUCGUGAAAGCUCACUAAACCUUAGCGUUCGGCGCGUUGGAGGUGCGUACGGUGCGAAGCUAACGCGAGCGACUCAGAUCGCCUGUGCCUGUGCAGUGGCCGCCUACCGAACUGGGGUCCCCGUUCGGAUGAUCCUACCGCUCGAGACGUCAAUGUCCGGUUCGGGCAAGCGGUGCGGAAGUGUCAGCGAGUAUGAGGUGUCGUUUGACGCGAGCGGACGCAUCAGCCGGCUGUCGCACACCUUCAUACACGAUGCUGGGGCCACGCUGAACGUGAUGCUCGGCGCGAUAACGAGCGAUAUGUUUAAAAACUGCUACCGAACGGACUACUGGAAGCUGCGCACAAAGAUCGCUCGCACGGACGCUCCACCAAACACGUGGGCCCGGGCUCCGGGCUCGUCAGAAGGUAUCGCAAUGGCGGAAAACAUCAUGGAGCACAUUGCGCACCAGACAGGGCUAGAUGCGGUGGACGUGCGGAUGGCAAACAUUUCGCGCGAGAACAAGAUGCACACGCUGCUGCCACGCUUCCGGCGUCAGGUGGAGUACGACGAGCGUAGGCGACAGAUUGAUCACUUCAAUGGGGAAAAUCGGUGGCGCAAGCGGGGUAUCGCGAUCAUGCCCAUGCAGUACCCGCUGGAGCUGAACUCGAUGAAGAAAGCGAUGCUGUCGGUGUACAGUGACGAUGGUACGGUGACGAUCGUGCACGGCGGCAUCGAGAUGGGACAGGGCAUUAACACGAAGGUAGCGCAGGUGGCGGCCCAUCUGCUAGGCAUACCGAUCGAGAAGAUUGUCGUACAGCCGACGGACAGUUUGCUGAAUGCCAACUCGAACGGUUCCCAGCAUACGCAGGCAACGGAUAGUGUCGCUUUCGUAAGUGUCCAGAAAUGGAUUUUCGUGUGCAAUUGUGAUUUUUUAUGUGUGACACUUUUCUUCCACAGGCUGUCAAACGAUGCUGCGAGAUGCUGCUCGAACGACUCCGCCCUUACCGUACACUGCUGCGGCGCACUAGCUGGGAAGAGAUGGUACGCUAUGCCGCUAUGGACGACGUGGAUAUGCAGGUGUCGUUUUACGCCACUCCGACCGAUAUGCGCACUUACACCAUCUGGGGACUGGCAUGUGGUGAGAUUGAGCUGGAUGUACUCACCGGGCAGGUGCUUGUACGGCGAGUAGACAUACUGGAGGAUGUAGGCGAAAGCAUAAACCCCGGCAUCGAUGUUGGCCAAAUCGAGGGUGCGUUCGUGAUGGGGUUGGGCUACUACCUGACCGAAGCGCUGGUGUAUGAUCCGAAAAAUGGUGCGCUGG